AUGAUGAUGAACACAAAUUCUUCAUCUUCUUCUUCCGAACCUCCUCAGUAUACUCCUCCUGAUUUCACUCCUCGCAACUCUGAUGAUCAAGAAAUGAACAGCCCUCGGUUCUUGCAGACCAGCUUUCGUGAUUCCAGUGAUCAUAACUCACCCAAGAAGACGAUAACGAACCCGAGAAAGAAAAGAACCAAGUUGAUGAUUGUCGACAAUGCUGCCUCUGCUUCUACUUCUAGUAAUGUUGCUAAACCAAAAUAUAGUAAAAAACCAGACCCCUCUGCUCCAAAAAUUAGUAGCCCUUGUACUGAGUGUGGGAAGAGGUUUUGGUCGGUUAAGGCGUUGUUUGGCCACAUGCGAUGCCAUCCUGAGCGCCAGUGGCGUGGCAUUAACCCUCCCCCUAAUCUUCGACAAGUGUCUUCAUCAGUGACUGAAGAGGAUCAGCAUGUGGCUUCUUGUUUGUUGUUGUUGGCUAAUUCUCCUCCUCCUAGUAUUGUUUCUGAUCAGACGAAUCCUGGAUUUUCAGAAUCGGAGAUUAGGCAUCAUCAGAAUGUAGUGUUCUGCUGUGGAAGUAAUGAUGGGGCAGGGCCUUCUGGGGGGAAUAGUUUUAAGUUUGAGUGUUCUAGUUGCAAGAAAGUGUUUGGAUCUCAUCAGGCUUUAGGGGGGCACAGGGCAAGUCACAAGAAUGUCAAGGGCUGUUUCGCGAUCAAUAAGAAUACUGAUAAUGCUGCUACUGAGGAUUACAGUAGCAUUGGUGGUCAUGAUAACAGAAGUGCUGAUCAUGAGGAUCCUUGUCGGGAUCAGCAGGAUAGGAUGUUGAUGGCAUUAGGCCAUAGGUGCAGUAUUUGUUCAAGGGUUUUUCCGAGUGGCCAGGCAUUGGGUGGACACAAGAGGUGCCACUGGGAGAAAGGUGAAGAUCCAUCAUCUCAAAUGCAAGGAGGAUCAGAGUCAAAUCAACAAUUUGGUGCAAGGGGAGCUUCUGCAUUGAACUUGAACUUGCCUGCACCGCCUGAAGACGACCAUUCAUCUUCCUCUCUAACUUCUGGUUUGUGUCUGGACUUAAGGUUGGGGCUGUGA